AUGGUGGAAGCUGUCAUCGUCACCAUUGUUGAAGAGAUCAUUGCUAAACUGGUCCCUCAAGCACUGGAAAAGGUUGGAAACUUGUGGGGCGUCAAGCAAGAGCUUACGAAGCUCAAGGACACUGACGCUUUCUAUGACGCGCAAUACUUGCUUGAAGAAAUCAAUGCAGAAGCUACGCGAUGGGAACUGAGGGGCCACAAUGAAAUGAUCAAGGAGUUAAGGACAUUUUUCUCGAGUUCGAAUCAACUUGCUUUUAAACUGAAGAUGAGUUACAAAGUAAGAGCAGUGAGGGAGAGAAUAGGAGCCAUUAAGGCCGAUAAGGGAUUCCACUUGGAUGAGCGUCCUGUGUAUUCGCGGGUAGAGAGAGAGUGGGGAAAGAGAGAAGAGACUCAUUCGUUUAUACAUGAGAGAGACAUAAGAGGGAGAGACGAUGAUAGGAAGAAUGUCAUAGAAUUCUUGUUGGAUUCAGACGUGAAAGAGAACGUUUCCAUCCUUCCAAUAGUUGGUAUUGGUGGGCUUGGAAAAACUGCUCUUGCUCAAGUUGUGUAUAAUGAUGAGAGGGUAGAAAAACAGUUUAACUUGAAGAUGUGGGUUUGCAUCUCUAAUGACUUUAAGUUGAAAAAAAUUGUGCAAAACAUCAUAGCUUGUGCAACAAAGAAAGAACCAACCGAGGUUCCGAUGGAGCGAUUACAAAGUGAGUUGAGGGCAGCGAUUGAUGGAAAGAGGUAUCUCUUAGUUUUAGAUGAUUUGUGGAAUGCAGAACUAGAAAUGUAG